AUGGAGUUGCUCCCCCCGCCGCUGCGUGACAUGGACUUAGCAGGCCCGGACAGCUCCCUCUGCUCCUUUACCACAGCCGACGACUUUUACGAUGACCCCUGCUUUGACUCCCCCGACCUGCGCUUCUUCGAGGACCUGGAUCCACGUCUGGUGCACGUGGGCGCGCUCCUGAAGCCCGACGAGCACGCGCACCAUCCCGCAUCGGUCCCGGGCGCCCGGGAGGAUGAGCACGUGCGCGCGCCCAGCGGUCACCACCAGGCUGGCCGCUGCCUGCUGUGGGCUUGUAAGGCGUGCAAACGCAAGACAACCAAUGCGGACCGGCGCAAGGCGGCCACGAUGCGGGAGCGGCGCCGUCUGAGCAAAGUGAACGAAGCUUUUGAGACCCUGAAGCGGUGCACGUCGAGUAACCCCAACCAACGACUGCCCAAGGUGGAGAUCCUGCGGAACGCCAUCCGGUAUAUCGAGGGGCUUCAGGCGUUGCUGAGAGACCAGGACGGGGCAGCCCCUGGCAGCACCGCUGCCUUCUACCCUCAGGGGGCCACUGCUCAAACCCGCGUGCUUGAGCAUUACAGCGGAGACUCGGAUGCAUCCAGCCCGCGUUCCAACUGCUCAGACGGCAUGAUGGAUUACAGCGGCCCCCUUUGCAGCUCCAGGCAUAGAGGUGGCUAUGACAGUAGCUACUACAGUGAUUCUCCAAGUGACACCAAGCCUGGGAAGGGACUGGUUGUGUCCAGCCUGGACUGCCUCUCCAGCAUUGUAGAGCGCAUCUCCACUGAGGGGUCUGCAUGCCCUGUGCUGCCCAUGGGAGAGGGCACACCCUGCUCCCCACAGGAGGCCACCACUCUGAGUGAGAGUGGUGCCCACAUUCCCUCCCCUCUUCCCAGUGGGAGUACUCAGCUUUCUGCUGACAGCAGCUCUGGGCCUAGCCCAGUACCCACUCCUAACCCUAUCUAUCAGGUCCUCUGA